CCAUCUUGUGUUUACGCAUUGCGCAUGGCCUGGCAAACUGCAUAAGAACGGAGGGGCGGGAAGGGAGAUAUCAGGCCCUUUAUCAGGCCCAGCCAACUGCCCGCCAUUUCGACGUACUCCAGAACCGACGCCUAACGCUGUUUUCCGUCGCAUAUUCAAUGCGUGAAGCGCAAUACGAACCCUCUUUUUGCGGGAAAGAAGCUUCCACGACAACCCAUACCACAAUAGCCUCACUGACACCCCAACGGGUUUAAUCCGUCCCACGCCGCCCCGAAGGCACAAUAGCGGCACCCUACGUUCCGCAAGCGUUAUCCAGACUACACCCCCCUAAUUCGUAAAGCAUAAUAACGCGGUUUGUCAGAGGAGCAGCCUCCGGAGGGCCUGCAGGGAUUCGAAGAAUUCCCUUACCACACCAGUAUAGCAGAAUUUAGAAAGCAAAUGUCGGUAGACAACUCCACCCUGCAAUUCACGGCAGUCCCUACAGCGCAUCAGAUGUCGAAGGGGUCAUUGAACACGCAGCAAGGAGUCGCAGCGCCGCCUGUCGGCCAGCAACCGCCGCGGAAGUCGUCGUUCUUCAAACUGAUCUCGGGGUUGGGGAGGAAAGAGAAACGGGAAGAGAAUGAUUCGGCGGGGAGUAUGGAGGGCGUCGGGGAGUCGAUUGCGGCAGUUAAGCCGGGUUCACAAUCGCCCAAACCCCGUCGGCAGUCGUUGAAGGAGGUUGUUAAGCGCCGAUUAUCCAAAGGCGCGAGGCUGGAACCGCUCGCCCCCGCGGCAAAACCACAGGACGGAAACGGAGUGCCUGCGGCACCAGUCGUAGACGAUAGCCACAGCACGGUGCACGUAACCUCCCGACGGGACAGCGCCGACUCUGCUUCAUCCACAUCCCGGCCGACCUCGCGAAGCGGGUCGGGACAGUAUACCGAGAUGUGUAUCCCCGGCCCGAUCUCCCGCCGGGGUUCGGCGUCAUACGGGGAACCGCCGCUGAUGUCCUCGCGACGCGGGUCGGGUGCGUCGGUGACUACGGCUGCGACGUUGACGUUAAGAAGUCAUUCGAGUGGGAGCGGGUUGGGUGAUGAGAGAGUCGUUUCGGCGAUGCCGGUGGUUCCGGCGCCUACCUCGUCGUCACCGUUGAGGAAAUCGUUUUUCCCGGAAUUGAGUGUGCCGUUGGUUGCGGAUGAGAAAAGGGUUGAGGAGGAGUGUAAGGCGGUGGACCCGGUGGAGAAGCAGGAUUUGUUUGCGUCGACUACGUUGCAAAUGCCGUCGAUUCCUGACUCGUGCUGUGGUAACUCCCGGUGUGAGGAUUUGUCGCAGCAGACGCACGAUAUCGUCGUUGGCGGUGAACUAAGAAGCGCUACGAUGGAGGAGUUGACGACUUUAGUUGCUUUUGGGGUUGUUUUGCCGAGUAUGGAGGAUGCGAUUCGGAUUGGGUCGGCUGCGAAUGGCCGGGGCGCACAGGUGUCUCUUGACCGGACGCUGGGACGAGCGGGGGCGAAUGGGGCAGGUACUGGGACCCCCGAACGCCGGAGGUCUGUCCCGAAAACUCCCGAGCGUCGCGCCUCGCUCCCUCCGUCGGGAAAAGAACAAUGCGGGGCUAUGGCAGCGUUACAACAGGCAGCGGCAUUAGCGGCGGGUCAAGCGCCAACACCCACAGGCGGCCGCAGUCGUCGCUACUCCCUCCCCGGAAACUCUACCCUCCCUAACAUCACUACCCAACCGCAACCUAUCCUCAAAGGAUCUACCGUCUCCUCCAUCCGCAGCAAACCAUUACCAACACCCGCGAAACCCACCCCAGUAAUACCCGACACUCACCCCAAAUCCGCCCCACCACUUUCCAACCCCGCCAUCGCCGCCCUCCGCCGCGGCCGGGUCCGCUCCAACUCUAACCCAACCCCGCCAACGUUCACCUCCACCUUCGACGUGAACCCCUCCUCAACCCCAAAGACCUCGCAAUCCGCCAUCGCGAAGGAACUGCCCAACUUCGAGCGCGAGCUCAACGUGCGUAUGCGCGCGUCGAUCUAUUUGGCGGGGGAGUAUAUCAUCCGGAAGAACGAGAUUGGACGCGAGAUGUUUUUUAUCGGGAAGGGGAGGGUCGAGGUUGUCAGUGGGGAUGGGAUGAGGGUCUAUGGUGUCAUCGGUGCCGGCUCCUUUUUCGGCGAACUAGGAGUCCUCUUCGACAUCCCCCGCACCGCCUCCGUCCGCGCGCUCGAAAACACCCUCUGCAUGGUCCUCUCCCGCGACGACCUCAAGGAGGCGCUCAAAGGUUUCCCUUCCAUCUCUGCGCGCUUUCAGACGGUGGUUGAGCAGCGGAUGGCGUUGAUUCGGGCGAGGAAGCAGAGUAGCCCGCAGCCGACUGUUAGGGUGAAUAAAGGGAUUACAGCUAUUCAGGAGGACUUGGAGGAAGAGGAGUAGUUCAACACUUAGGGGUAGUCCGCGUAGUGAAUUUUUUGGGAUAGGUUUGACGUUUUAGCGUAGCAGUAGUUGGAAGUUUCAGUUUUGUUUUUCUGUAGAUGUCCUUCGCUCUUGGUUUAGAGUGGAAAUACAAAGACAACUUCGGGGACCUCUUGGGCUUUUCUCAUGAAAAGUGAUCCAAGUGAACUUCCGGAACGUAACGAAGUAGCCGACAUCGCACCACCACGGCACCGAGCACUGGCCUUCACCCAAAGUAAGCAUCGAUGAUAAAGAGAGGAAAAGUGGGCAGGCGAGCGGCCCUGGCCACCCGCCAGCGUCUCGUAUAAGCAAAACGUCGUG